AUGAAGAAGUGCGAGCUCUGCGAUUCUCCGGCGAGAAUGUACUGCGAAUCCGAUCAAGCGAGCCUCUGCUGGGACUGCGACGGCAAAGUCCACGGCGCCAAUUUCCUCGUCGCCAAGCACACCCGAACCCUCCUCUGCCACGAGUGCCAGAGCCCGACUCCCUGGACCGGGUCCGGAUCCCGGCUCGCUCCGACGAUCUCUCUCUGCGAAGGCUGCGCCGCCACUAAUGAUUCAACUUCCAGCAGAAACGGCGCCGAGGGCAGAGACCGAGACGGCGAUUCAGACGACGGAGGUUCAGGGGAUUCCGAUGAAGACGAGAAUGAAGAUGGUGACGAUGACGACGACGACGAGGAUGAUGGCGGCGGCGGGGAUGGAGAUGAUGGAGAGAAUCAAGUGGUUCCGUGGUCGACGACGGCGCCACCGGAGAACACGACGGCGUCGGGUUUGGUGGGCUGCUCGAAAGUUCGAAGCUUUUGGGGUUCUUAG